AUGUAUGCUGCCAUUGAUUCAUUAAAGAAGGAUUACCAGACUCUUUAUAUCGGAGGCACAGGUUCUAUCUUUACGGAUGAAAAUGAUCCUAUCGAAGUGAAUGACAUUAGUGAAGAGGAAAGAGAUAGCUUAACAAGUCUGUUGUUGUCUAAAUAUGACAUGCUACCCAUUUUUGUUGAAGAUAAGCUUGCCUCCGGCCAUUAUGAAGGUUACAGUAAACAAGUGCUUUGGCCAUUGAUGCACUACCUUAUGUGGUCUGAUAACGUAGAUGAGAUUGCAUUUUGGAAAGAUUAUGUAAAAGUGAAUGAAAUAUUUGCUCAAGAAGCAAUAAAUCACUAUAACGAUGGCGAUAUCAUUUGGGUUCAUGAUUACCACUUGUUUCUUGUUCCUCAGAUGAUUCGCGAGAGACUGCCUGAUGCACGUGUAGGCUUGUUUAUACAUACACCAUUCCCAAGCUCUGAAAUAUUUAGAUGUCUUCCUCAUCGUAGGGAGAUUCUUCAAGGCAUUUUAGGAGCAAAUCUGAUCGGCUUGCAGACAUAUGAUUAUGCUCGCCAUUUCACUUCUUGUUGUACGCGUCUCCUAGGCUAUGAGUACACUCCUGCAGGUGUACUUGGUCAAGGAUCUCUUGUUCAAAUAGGAAUCUAUCCCAUCGGCAUUGACCUUGAAAGAACACGAGAUCAUUGCAACCGUCCGGGCGUUGAACCUAAAGCAAAAGCGAUUAGGGAGAGGUACGCAGGAAAGAAGUUGAUCAUUGGUAGAGAUAAACUCGAUCGCGUCAAGGGAGUGCUUCAGAAACUGGAAGCCUUUGAAAUCUUUUUGGAUACACAUCCCGAAUGGCGAGAUAAGGUUGUCUUGAUCCAAGUGACCUCACCCGGUGUCUUGGAUACUCCCGAUCUUGAAAAAAAGGCAAACGAAAUUGUUGCACGCGUCAACAGCAAAUACGGUUCAUUAGAGUUCUCGCCUGCAAAUCUCUUUAAUCAACAUAUUGAUCGUGAUGAAUACUAUGCUCUUUUGAAGGUGGCUGAUAUCGGUCUUGUUACACCCGUGAUUGACGGUAUGAACACUUCGAGCUUUGAGUACAUCGUCGCACAGGAAGGUCACCACAGUCCAUUGAUAUUAUCUGAAUUUACGGGUACAGCAAGAAGUAUGAGUGCAGCCAUUAUUGUCAACCCUUGGAACUUUAAUGAAGUGGCUAGAGCUAUUGCAGAGUGUUUAUCGAUGAGUGAAGAAGAGAAAAAGAUAAAAUAUGAGCAACUCAGUCAAUUUGUGACAUCUCACACUGCCAGCUUUUGGGCUCGAUCUCUUGUCAAGGGGCUCCUUGACACGAAAAAGAGUAAUUGGGGAACGACUGCUCCUCUCGAUGUUUCACGUGUUAAAGUAGAAUAUGAUAAUAGCCGCAAACGUGCAUUGUUUUUUGACUAUGAUGGGACCCUGGUACCUAUUCAUGCUAAUCCAGAAGAUGCCAAGCCUUCAGAGAGAGCGAUUGAGGUUUUGAAAAAACUAUGUGAGAACCCUCAAAAUGUCGUAUGGGUUGUCUCUGGUCGUACACAGGAAUGGCUCGACCAAUAUUUGGGCCACAUACCCAAUUUGGGCUUAUCUGCUGAACACGGUUGCUUCAUUAAGGACCCACAGAGCACAACUUGGACAAACGCGGCAGAGAAUCUGGACUUUUCUUGGAAAGAUGGAGUUAAAGAGGUCUUUGAGUAUUAUACUGAGCGUACACCAGGCAGUACUGUUGAGGAAAAGGAGUGCUGUAUUGUCUGGCAUUACCGCAAGGCAGAUCCAAAAUUUGGUGCAUUUCAAGCAAUGGAGUGUCAAAAUCAUAUUGAGCAAAACUUUGUAGGCAAACAGCCUAUCGAAUGCUUACCAAACAAGAUGAAUGUGGAAGUUCGUCACAGUUUAAUCAAUAAGGGAUCGGUAGUCAAUCGAGUUGUAGCUCAAAAUGACACGAUCGAUUUCGUCCUCUGUGUUGGAGAUGAUAAGACCGAUGAAGACAUGUUCCGCACUUUAGAAAGAAUUCAAGCAAGCGGUACAGAAGUGGUGCAAUUUAUUGUUAUUGUUGGCUCUCAUGAACGCAAGACGCUUGCCAAGUGGAGAAUAGAGUCGAGCACGAAAUUUUUGGAUCUUUUAAACUUGCUUUCACAAGAAUAA